AAGUAUUUUUGUAAAUCAGCUUGAACUGUUGAAGUUGCUGUUGAGUAAUCUCGGAGGUCCCACACGAACUGAUCAUGGCUAGCAGUGCUAAUGCUAACAACAUGAAUGCUGUCCGAGAAACAAUGGAUGUGCUGCUGGAGAUCUCAUGGCUAUUGAACACAGGACUGGACAUGGAGUCUCUGUCUAUCUGUGUCAGGCUGUGUGCAGGCAUCAACCCAGAGGCCCUGUCCUCUGUCAUCAAGGAGCUACGUAAAGCCUCCGAUUCACUAAAAGUAAGGCCCUGUUCAGGGACAGGGUAGGUACUUACAGAACGGAG